AAACUUGUGCUGAUGACUGUUGUCAAAAGGCAGAACGGGAUAACGCCGCAACCACCGAGGGACGAGUCUGGCGAUUGUUUUCAUGUCUGCCUCAGGUUUUUAUGAAUUUUGAGAUUCAAAAGCGUUGUAUUUUUAAUGUUAGAAUAAAGCUUUGAUAGUCGUUCACGUUAAAUGCGGUUUACGGUAGUUUUGAUUUGAAUUAUCCAGUGCAAGCGAAGAAGCUAGCGUUCAGGGCUAAACUGACGUCGGUUAACAAUUGUUGACCAUUUAAAGAUAUUGCAGAUACUUCGAAUUGCUUUUAAAAGCUUAUUUUACAAACGCCGAACACCAAUUUAAUCCAAAAUGAGUGCAGGUGUUGCGAAACCGGCGAAUCCGUCGGCACAUGUCGACCCGAAAUCGGCUCCUCUCAAAGAAAUCCCAGAUGUGUUGGUCGACCCUCGCACCAUGAGGAGAUACGCGAGGGGGAGAUUCCUCGGAAAAGGUGGUUUUGCCAAAUGCUACGAGAUAACAGACCUGGAAACGAAGCAGGUUUUCGCAGGAAAAAUCGUGCCCAAGUCGCUCAUCCUGAAGCAGCACCAGAGGGAGAAAAUGACGUCUGAAAUAGCCAUUCACAAAAGCCUUAACCACGCCAACGUCGUCGGAUUCCAUGGGUUUUUCGAAGAUGACGACUUUGUCUUCGUCGUCCUGGAAAUCUGUAGGAGAAGGUCCUUGUUGGAGCUUCACAAGCGUCGUAAGGCUGUGACUGAGCCCGAAGCUCGCUACUACAUGACCCAGCUGCUCAAAGGUGUCCAGUACCUGCACAGCAACAGAGUCAUCCACAGAGACCUGAAACUGGGGAACAUUUUCCUUAAUGAUGACAUGGAGGUCAAGAUAGGUGACUUUGGUUUAGCCACUAAGAUCGAGUUUGAUGGUGAGAGGAAGAAGACAUUGUGUGGAACGCCCAACUACAUCGCACCUGAGGUGCUUUGUAAGAAAGGCCACAGCUAUGAGGUGGACGUCUGGUCACUUGGAUGCAUUCUGUACACUUUGUUGGUGGGUAAGCCCCCAUUUGAGACCUCUUGCCUGAAGGAAACUUACAACCGCAUUAAGAAAAACAACUACACCAUCCCUUGGCACAUCAACCCUGCCGCGUCCUCUCUCAUCAAGCGAAUGCUGCAUGCCGACCCCGCCCAAAGGCCAACCAUUGCUGACCUCCAGACAGACGAGUUCUUCACAUCAGGUUACAUCCCCUUACGCCUGCCCACCACCUGCCUCACUGUGCCCCCGCGCUUCUCCAUCGCCCCGUCCACAGCUAUGGAGCUCAACCAGAGACGCCCACUGACCGCCAUCAACAACAAAGCAGGGACAGAGAAGGUGGAUGUGAAGGAUGAGCCGUUGCAAAGGGAGGCGGAGCCAUCAGAAAACCACCUGAAAGAUAUGCUGCAGCAGCUCAACAGCAUCAUCGCUGCCAAACCCUCAGAGAAGGCCGUCAUCUGCCAGGAGGAGGCAGAGGAUCCUGCAUGUAUUCCCAUCUUCUGGAUCAGCAAAUGGGUGGAUUACUCUGACAAAUAUGGAUUAGGUUACCAGCUGUGUGAUAACAGCGUUGGUGUGCUGUUCAAUGACUACACUCGUCUGAUCAUGUAUGCUGAUGGAGACAGUCUGCAGUACAUCGACAAAACGGCAGCCGAGUCGUACCUCAGCGUGCGAUCAUUUCCUCCCACACUCAAUAAGAAGAUAACUUUGCUGAAAUAUUUCCGUAACUACAUGAGCGAGCACCUGCUGAAGGCAGGCGCCAACAUCGCACGGCGGGAAGGAGACGAGCUGGCCCGACUGCCAUACCUCUCCCUCUGGUUCAGAACAAAAAGUGCCAUCGUGCUGCACCUCACCAAUGGCACUGUUCAGAUCAACUUCUUCCAGGACCACACCAAGCUGAUCCUGUGCCCCCUGAUGGGCGCAGUGACCUACAUCGAUGAGAAGCGAGACUUCCGCACCUACAAGCUCUCCCUGCUGGAGGAGUUCGGCUGCAGCAAGGAGCUCGCCAGCCGCAUUCGCUACGCCAAACUCAUGGUGGAGAAACUGCUGGACAGCAAACCUACCCCAGCUGCUGCACAUUAGGUCAAAAUCACUCUUAAUUCUCUGACCACUUCUCCCUGCCUGCCAGCCUCUGAGAACGACAGACCCUCAGAUUCUUCAUAUUUUAUUCAUUGGUUGGGUGUAAAUGAUUUUUAUUGGCCUUGAUUUGUACAAUAGAGAUUAUUCCUUCUAUAGAAUCCCGUUUUUAUUUUUCUUCUGCAGUCAGUCAGAUCCCUUCUCAACUUUCUUAAUGAAGCUUGACUAAACUGACACAUUCACAUUGAAGCAAUCUUUGACAGCUGACCCCUACAACGAAGCAGACGAGCUAUUCCUGUACAUUUAAAUAAGUCCAGAUGGAAACAAUAUAAAUGUUGUGGUUCCUGGUGUUCAGAAUCAUUCUCUGGUUCUUGAUGCUUGUUUGCAUUUGUUCUUGAAUCAUUCGUGUGUUUGAAGCUGAGUGGACAGGCGUGUCGUUGUUGAAGCUCAGAUCGGCUGUGUGAAUGGGGGCGAGUUUCCCUGGUCACUUCUCUAGUUUUGUCUGUUUUAUCUGUGUUGUCUGUAGAGAGAUGGACCAUGUUAAUACGUCUUCAUCAUGUACAUUGUUUUCCUCCUCUAGCUUCUUUUAACACUUUUUAAGUAUAUUUUAGAUGUCUUUUUCAACAUGUACAGACCUGUACAUACUGCUGAAUAUUCAUACAUGUUGUAAAAAUGAUUGAAUUUUACCCAAGUUUAAAUAAAGAUUCUUUUGAACAA